AUGAAAACCCUUGGGGAAGUAUUUCAUCUUUUCGUCUGUGUCAUAUUAUCAAGAUUCAAUGCUGUAAGUUCUGUCAUGUAUGUUGAGAAUGGGAAGAGUGUGACUCUACAUCCAAAUAUACAAGGCAUUCCUGAAGACAUUUUGUUGACAUUCAAUGCAAACAAGGUGGCUGAACAUGAUUUGAUUGAAUUUCAAGAUUAUGGUCAAUUCAGAGGAAGAUCAGAGCUCCAAAUCACUACUGGGCAGCUCACUGUUUUCCGCAUGACCAGACAGGACAGUGGCAUUUAUAGGUCUGCAAUACAGAUCGAUGGAAAGCUGCAAAAUUCUGAAAAUGAAGUUCAAGUGAUUGAUGCUGUGCAGGAGCCUAAUGUGACCUGUAUACUGAACAAUAUCACAGAAUCCAAUAUAUUAUUCUGCUCAGUUUCAUCUCCGUUCCACACAACCUUUGAAUGGACUGGGUCUAAUUUGACACAACACUCUGGGCAAGAACUUCACAUCAGCAAGGAGGAGAAGCCUGAUUCAGUCUUUAUCUGCACUGAAAAUGAAGUUUGCCAAAAAAGCACCAGUUUUGCUUUGAAAGACUGCCUCACAGUUUUCCCAGAUGUGCAACAAUAA